CACGAAGUCGGCGAGUCUUCUGCGCAUACCAAAGACGAAGCAUUUCACACCACAAUUCAUUUUGCUUUCUCGACGCCAAGCACCAUGGGCCACACAUCGACCUAUGAGGCGAUGGCGACUCCGCCACUGCACGCGCCACUGGACGCUGAAGUCAAGUCGGUGCCGCGCAAGCUUGCUCUCGCCGCGCACUGGGUCGCGGGACUGCUCGUGCUCUACGCUAUCUUUGGUACCACGGUCAUCUACAGUCAAACGUCGAUCGACAUUAUGAACAACUUUCUCUGUCCGCUCUUUGGCGUCGACCCGUACAAGUGGCCGAGCGGCCACUACGAGAUGGUGGACGCCGGGUACUUCUUAUUUGCGUCCAUCUUGCCGAUAUUUGUGGCCUUCUUGCUCGUGCGCCUCGUGUCCCACGGCGCGACGUUUCCGAUUUUCCGUGUGUCGUAUGCGCUGCAGCGCAAGCCACGUUUCCUCAACUCGCUCGUGACCUACGGCGAGGCGCUCUUCCUUCUCGUUGUCGUUGGCGGCAACAUCCUCUUCUUCUACUUCUCCUACACGAUCCGUGUCGAGCCCACGAGCACGAACGAGCGACGGCUCGAGGCGGCGGCCGCUGCCUUUGGCUUUUUGACGGCGUACAACAUGGCGUUUCUUGCGCUGCCGGCGUCGCGCCACUGCUUUUGGAUGGAGUGGCUCGGUAUUCCAUACGCCCACGGCAUCAAGUACCACCGCUGGCUCGGGAUUUUGUCGAUUUUGGCGCUCGUCUUGCACACAAUCGUCUACGUCGUGUCAACUGGAUGA